UAUCCUCCCUCACCAUCUUCACCGUCACAAACUACAUCUUCUUCAUCACCAUGGCCAACAGAACCACCACCACGACUGUCUGUCGUUCCACCAGAGUUCUCACUACAUUGCAAGACUUUCAUAUUGAAGCAGCUCUCCCCUCACGUACCGUUUCAUCCUCUUCCUCAAACGAAGUCAUUCCUUCAGAGAACCCAACUCUUUUUCACAGGCUAUUCUAUCACCACGAUGGCGAGAGGCCAUGAACGCAGAAAUACAGGCACUUUAGGCCAACAAAACAUGGAGUUUGGUGCCACUUCCUACUCACAAGAAACCCAUUGGCUGUAAAUGGGUUUACAAGAUCAAAUACAAUCCCGACGGUACUGUUGAGAGGUACAAGACACGCUUGGUGGCUAAAGGCUAUAGCUAAGUUGAAGGUGUCGAUUACCGAGAAACUUUUGCUCCGGUGGCCAAGCUCACCACCAUCCGUGUCCUACUGAGUCUUGCAUCUAUUCAAGAUUGGCAUCUUCAUCAAUUAGAUGUUAACAAUGCAUUCCUUAAUGAUGAUCUUUUUGAAGAUGUGUAGCACUUGCCUCCCGAUUUCGGACGAAAGGGGGAGACUCGAGUGUGCAAGUUGCACAAAUCAUUGUACGGCUUAAAACAAGCGUCGAGGCAAUGGUUUUUGAAGCUCUCCACGGCUUUCAAAGCUACAGGGUUCAAGCAAUCAUGGUUUGAUUAUUCAUUAUUCGUUCGAAACAUGCAAGCAAAGUUCACUGCAUUAUUAGUUUAUGUCGAUGAUGUUAUAUUGGCGGGAAAUAGCUUGCAUGACAUUGAAGAAACUAAGCAGUUUCUAUCGAAUCAGUUUAAGCUGAAGGACAUGGGGCAGCUGCGAUAUCUUCUCGGAAUAGAGGUGGCAAGGUCCAAGCAAGGGAUUGUUUUAUGCCAAAGAAAGUAUGCACUCGAAGUAGUGGAAAAUGCAGGCUUUCUUGGUGCUAAGCCAUCUCGGUUUCCAGUUGAACAUAACUUGACAUUGACGCAAGGAGAUGGAGCUUUGUUGCAACAUGCUUCUCAAUAUCGAAGAUUGGUUGGCAGGCUCAUAUACUUGACAAUCACAAGGCCAGACCUAGUCUAUGUUGUACACAUUCUGAGCCAGUUUAUGGAUAAACCAAGACAACCUCACUUGGAUGUAGCAUACAAGGUUUUGAGAUAUAUAAAGCAGACACCGGGACAAGGAAUUCUCUUGCCUUCUACAGGAUCAUUGGAACUUAAAGCAUUUUGUGAUGCGGAUUGGGCACGAUGUAAAGACACAAGGAGGUCUACAACUGGUUAUUGCAUUUUUCUUGGUAAUGCGCCCAUAUCUUGGAAGACAAAGAAACAAGGAAUUGUGUCACGUUCAAGUGCGGAGGCAGAGUACAGGUCCAUGGCCACGACAUGCUGUGAGAUAACGUGGCUGCGAAGCCUAUUGAAGGAUUUGAAUGUUGGACUUACACAUGCAUUCAAACUAUUUUGCGAUAAUCAAGUUGCAAUCCACAUAGCAUCCAACCCUGUGUUUCAUGAACGCACAAAACACAUAGAGAUAGACUGCCAUGUGGUGCGUGAGAAGGUACAGAGAGGACUAGUCAAGACUGUACAUGUUCGAACAAAGGAACAACCAGCAGACUUGUUCACCAAGCCUUUGAGUUCGAAACAAUUCACUACACUGUUGGACAAGUUGGGUGUAAUCAAUAUACACUCCAACUUGAGGGGGCCGGGAGUAUUAAGGAAAGAGACUGUGUGUGAUUAGAAGUUCUAUGUUAUUAGGAAAUUGGUGUAAUUAGCUGAUUGAUUUGGUUGAUUUGUAUUACUAUAGAUAGCCCUAUAUUUGUGGAUCGUGCUAUCAUCCAUCCUGUAUAUAAGUUGUACCAAAGC